UCAUCUUAAAUGAUUCUGAAUCUGACUUUCUCUUUGGGGACAUAACAAAUCAAAACGUUACAAAACCACCCCCACCUACUUUCUCCUCUUUUUCCCACUUGCCUUUCUCUCUUCACGCUUUAUAUAUCAACCUCUCCCAACACAAACUCUCCCCACCUAAACAAUUUUCGAGAUUUUUGUGUUUUGUUUGUGGAGAGUUAACAUGGCGAAAACGGAGUCAGAAUCAGUUUCUGAGAUGGUUAUUACGCUUGAGUCUGUGAGGGAGUCGUUGAUCAGACAAGAAGAUACUAUUGUUUUUAGUCUUAUUGAGCGAGCUAAAUACCCGCGUAAUUCUCCUCUUUAUGAUCUUUCUUACGCUUCCAUUCCUGGCUUUUCUGGUUCUUUGUUUCAAUACAUUGUUUCUCAGUCAGAGAACCUUCAAGCCGUGGUUGGGAGGUAUGAAAACCCAGAAGAACAUCCUUUCUUUCCUGAUAAUUUACCAGGUUCACUGUUACCACCCCACAACUAUCCUCAGGUUUUGCAUCCUCCAUCUGCUUCUAUUAACAUAAACAGUACCAUAUGGGAUAAAUACUUCAAUCAAUUGCUUCCAGUUUUGGUUGCUGAGGGUGAUGAUGGCAACUAUGCAUCAACUGCCACCAGUGAUCUUGACUGUCUUCAGGCUCUCUCCAGAAGAAUACAUUAUGGAAAAUAUGUAGCUGAGGUUAAAUUCCGGGAGGCCCCUCAAGAUUACGAGCCUUUGAUUCGUGCUAAGGACAGUGAUGCUCUGAUGAAGUUAUUGACAUUUGAGCAUGUAGAAGAGAUGGUGAAGAGGAGGGUUGAGAAGAAGGCAAUGAUAUUUGGGCAAGAAGUGGCUCUUUGUAGCAAUGGCACAGAAGGGAAGUGCAAGAUUGAUCCAUCUAUAGUUUCUAAACUCUAUGAAGAUUGGGUAAUGCCUCUUACCAAGGUUGUUGAAGUUGAGUACCUCCUCCGCCGACUAGAUUGAAACAUCUCCUAUUUUGGUUAUUAUUAGACUCAUCACCUGUUCUCUCAUGUUCACUUGGAAUAAACUCUUUCCAUUCACUAUAAUAAAAAUCAACAAUCAUCUAUUGGAUGUGGCUGAUGUACAGCCAGGCUAUUCAGUCAUGUCAGCUCAAAUAUAUUCUUUGAGAAAUAAAUGCAAAUACUGCUAUAUUGUUGCA